AUGGGAAUUGGGCAUCUUUUUCCUCCUUCCGAGUCAUCUUUUUCCUAUUUUUCCCCUUAUGUUGCUUUGGUGUUGAUGGUGUUGUCAAAACACAAUGACUUUCCUUUGGUUCCAUUAUUUAGUGAUCACCUGGAAAUACAGGUUGUUGCAACGAGAAAAGGCAAGGCGAUGGUUGUAAGCAUUGAUCCGUGUAGACAAUAUUUGACAAGUGAAGAUGAGGUUGGAUUCAAGGCUAUUAAACUAGAAAACCUGGGCCCAAAUGAGGAAGAGUAUGCCUUGUAUCAGUGCACUCAAUUAGCUACGGAUUACCUACAGAAAAUCCGUAGCUAUUUACUUCCGUAG